CAGAUUGUUGCCAUACAUACAUGAUAGGAACACGAACGCUGGUUUUGAUUUCAUCUUCUUCUUCAGCUUCAACAGAUAUCCACGUCCAGGUUCCUGUGUAGUCAGGCCCUGACCAUCUCUCCGAGAAGAUGAACUGGGGGGCCUUAGAGUCCCUCCUCACGGGGGUGAACAAGUACUCCACCGUGUUUGGGCGCGUCUGGCUCUCCAUGGUGUUCGUCUUCAGGGUCCUGGUGUUCGUGGUGGCUGCCCAGCGCGUGUGGGGCGACGAGAACAAGGACUUUGUGUGCAACACGCUGCAGCCGGGCUGCUCCAACGUCUGCUACGACCACUACUUCCCCAUCUCCCACAUCCGCCUGUGGGCCCUGCAGCUGAUCUUCGUCACCUGCCCGUCACUGCUGGUGGUGGGACACGUCAAGUGGCGCGAGCAGAAGGAUCUCAAGUACACCACCAGCCACAAGGGGGCGCACUUGUAUGCCAACCCGGGGAAGAAACGCGGCGGACUGUGGUGGACGUACCUGCUGAGCCUGAUACUGAAGGCCGGCUUUGACGUUGGCUUCCUCUACAUCCUCUAUCACAUCUACGAUGGCUACGACAUGCCCAAACUCUCCAAGUGCAACCUGGCGCCGUGUCCGAAUGUGGUGGACUGCUACAUCUCUCGUCCCACGGAGAAGAAGAUCUUCACGAUCUUCAUGGUGGUGUCGGCGUGCGUCUGCGUGGCCAUGUGCAUCUGCGAGAUGGUCUACCUGGUCUGCAAGAGGAUUCAAAAACUGUUCGUCAAACACAAGAAGAACCGCCAGGAGAUGUUUGCUGAGAGCCACGAGCUCGGCGAGCUCGCACCGCCCAGGAGCACUCGGUACAAGCGGUCCGACCCAACCGCCUCCAGGGCCCCGUCCCGAGGCCCAUCCAGAGCUCCAUCCAGAACCUCGGUCCACAACCUCCACAACGCAAAGCAGGAGGAGGCCGCCGCCACAGCAGAGAAGGGGAAGAACUAAACCACAUGGCGGCUGGCAUCAGGGUGGAUCUGGCCCGGAUUGUACCCGCAUUCAGCGCCGAUACGGGGCAGCUCAGAUCCAUCCUACAGACAGCUGCUUUCUGGACCGGACAGGUGGUCCUUGUGUUUGUUUGGGCCUCUGUCUCAAUCCUGCACUUUAAUUGGCCAAUGAGAGGACUUUUUACUGACUGGAGAUGACCCUCACCUCCAUUAAAGGGACGAUGAAACAGGUUUCUCCGCUAAGUGGAGGUCCCCGGUCUAGCCAUGUUCUCCUAACCCCAAAUCAUAAUCGACAACAAACACACACACUCAGUGGUGGAGGAAGUACUGAAACUCAGUACUUAAGUACUGACAACAAACGUGUUUG